AUGACAGAGACACAUUUGACUGCCUUGACGGAUGAUACUACAUGCAACACUGUACAUGGCAGCAGUGGGGGAGCGUCGUCAACAGCAUGGAAGAGUAUAAACUGCACAACCUCAGUCAUCAUUUUUGGCUACAGCACCAGGCCAUCGCAAGGUAAUCCGGUUGGCUACUGGGUUCUUGGGACCACGAAUGUCGCAAUAUCCCACCAGUCAGACGAUUCAGGGACAGCACAAGCCAGAAGUGUGGAACGCCAUCUGCGGUGGAGACCCAUCCAGGACCAGUCAUUCUGCGGCGAAAGUCUCAGAGGUGGUGGGUGUCCAGCCAGUAUGGAGGGUUGGGAGCAGGUUGAUUACUAG